AUGACUUUCAACGGCACAGAGGCGCCCCGACAACUCCAACACAACAGAGACCAAGUCAAGUAUUGGCGCUAUGUUGUGGAGACAUGGCAUGGAAAAACGUAUUUGGGCAUUUUCAAAGUUAAACCAAAUGAGAAUGGCGAAACUGUCAUGACCGACUUACACCAUGCGAUUCAGCGAUUGAAGACAGGGAAAGCCUUCGGCAACCUUGAUCGAACGUUGCCAUUUUGGGUACCUGUGGUCGAAGAUGGUGUCCUCUCCUCAUACGACAGACCUCGAGUCACAGCAAGACACAUGUCGAGUCUUCGUGACAGACCGCAAGCCAAACGUAGAGCUCACUCAUGCUUUCCGUAA